GUUGGGGUAGCCGGUGCUUUGAUGUACUACCCCAUGAUGAUGGAGGUGGUUGGAUUCCCCAAGAACUUUCUGCAGCAUGGCAUCUUUCUGAUAGUUCAGGCAUUCUUUGCCAAUAUUGGCUACUGCGGCAAGCUGGGCGUGGCAACAGGCUUUGCCAGCAUCGCCGUUG